AUGCCAAAACCCGAUCAUGUUGAUAACAAACUGUAUGAUAUAAUGAAAAGGUGCUGGAAUCGAAACCCUAACUUCCGUCCUCCUUUUGAAAACCUGCGACAAAGAAUGGACACGUACAUUCGUGAAGAGACAUACUUGGAACUUCUUAACAUGGGCGCUUAUGACAAGGCAAAAUACUCCAGGGUUGAAGAUCUCGGAGGUGAAGAUGCAGGACCAAGCGAGAAAGUUGCAAAGAGGGCCUCAGCUAAGAGAUUGGGAAAAUGGGCCAGUGAUCGUCGUUAGGGUAUAUAAUCGUCACUUUUCGGUGCUAAACUAAGUGUAGGUUUGUGUUAGUUAAAUUUCUCCAUAUAAAUAUUAGAAAACUAUUUGAAAGCAUUGUCCUUGAUUAACAAAAUGAUAGUAC